CAGUACAUUGCAGUAUGCUUCAUUUGAGAAAAUCAAAGAAAUAGCGAUGAUUACUGGUUUAAAUAAUCUUUCUCUUUUUGCUCAAGUGUCAACAGUCAAUAAUACUUUAAAAUUGGACUUUUCUCUACAGCAAAGUGACAACUUCUCUCAUUUUAGCAGAUGCAUGUGAAGGAAAUUUACGCUGCAUUCAAAUAUAAAAUAGUAUAUAUAUUCUUAUGCUCUUUGGUCUUCAGUACUUUUUAAUGUUUGACUUUCUUGUAACUUUUGUUGCCAAUUAUUCAAUGUAUUUUUUAUUUGUUUUUUUGUGUUCUUUGGUGGGGAUUUUUCUUUCUCAACGGGAUGACCAAACAUUGACAAAAAGAAACUUACUCAUUGUACAGUAUGUGCAAAAUACUAACCCCCCCCAAAAAACCUUUAAUGUUCUGGUAUCAUGACAUGACAUAAACAUUUCUCAAGUAAUUUUAGUGUGUGGCAAGAUUUGUGCAAGCUGAACUUUGAAAGGCAACUUAAGCGCUGAAUAUAAGUUGGGUACACGUACUGAUUUUUAUUUUCUUUACAGAUUUUUUAAAUUUGAGAUCCGACAUUUUGAAAUGGAAAAUAAAAUUAACUACGAGUUAUACCUGUCUGAAUAUAAACAAACAUAACAUUUAAUGCUCUGACAUCAUGAACAGCAGUGUUCGCACUAAAGCUAAAGCAUACACACAAACUGGUCCUUUACCAAUUUUUGAAAUAGUUGAAAGACCCCACACGUGACGAGGAAAAAAAUAAUAGAAGCUAGCCUAACAGUUAUCUUAUCUGGUAACUCCAUUGCUCUUGCAAACUCUUCUUCCUGUCCUUUCUUUUGUGGUGAAUGACAAGGGAAAUGUGUUAUUCAAAAUACUUAACACAACCAGUUGCUCUUCGAUUUGUGUCUGGCACAAUACUGUAACAUUUACGAUUGUUCAGGUCACACUGAUUGACAAUGUCCGACCAGCUCCCCAUGUGUGGUUGGGCUGGUGCACAAAACCGCUCUGUGUCUUAAACCCGAUAUGCUCUAUUGCAGUCAUUUCCAACCUUUAUGGAGCCAGGGCACAUAUUUUACAAUUGAAAAAUCUCACGGCACACCAACAAACAAAAAUGUCACAAAAGUGGAUACAUUAAUUAAUGUAUGUAAUUCCUGCCAUCUAAUAGAAGAGCAUUUAUUUGUUCUGUCUGUCACUAUCCCUCCCUGCCAUAAAUAGAUGAACAAAGAUACAUUAUUUCUUGUAAAGAAUUUUUUUGAGCAAUUAUGUCAAAUUUUAUAAUUUCCCACGCCAUAUCUGAAGAGCGCUCACGGCACACUGGUUGAGAAUCACUGCUCUAUUGUAUUAAGCACAACCGCUAAGUUGUUGAAGUUUGUAGUCUUGUUGAACUGUACUGUAAGUCAGCCAUCAUUAUUUAUCCCUUUUGUAUUUUGACUGGUGGCACGGUCGUCGACUGGUUUGCACAUCUGAGGACCAGGGUUCAAAUCCGGUCUCGCCUGUGUGGAGUUUGCAUGUUCUGCCCGUGGCGACGGGGAAUUAAUGUCAGAAAUGUUUGCUUAAAACACUUGAGAACAUUUCCAGUUGCGAAAAAAAGCAUGAGGCUUCCUUUUACAAAGUAUUCAAUAACCAACUGACAAACCAUUUACAAAAACCUUCACUAGUGCUGUUCACAGAAUGAAACAGAAAACCAGAAAUGAAGAAUCAUCAUUCCGUUGAAAAAUGAGGAAGAAAGUACGUGUUGAGGUGCCCUCAAGAGCAGAGAUUAAAACACACACAAUCGAGUUGACAGUUGAGUAUUCCGGAAGCUAUGUCGCCCCGAGGGACCAGCUUGGUCCUGUUGGUUGUUACCCUGUUAACACCAGACUGCGUGGCAGCAGGGAUGGAUGGCAACCAAUUUGAUAUGUGCGUUACUUCGAGGAGGAGAGUUGCAGACCUCUCCAAUCAAAAUCUAACAUCCUUUCCCUUACAUCUUCCCAACACCACGGAAUACUUGGACAUCUCUCACAACUCCAUCCAAAGUAUCACCACACAAGUUUUCCCCCGACUGCCUCUGUUGUGUUUUCUGAAGGCGACUCAUUGUGGGCUCAGGGAUAUCUCUCCGAAAGUGUUUCAACACACUCCCGCACUUCAAGUUCUUGAUAUUUCCUCCAACAAAUUAACUAUCAUUCCUGACAUUUCACUUCCACGACUGACCAUUUUGGAUUUGGCUGACAAUCUCUACCAGGGCUAUCAGCUGCCGGAGUGUUUUCAGAAUCUUACAAAUCUGCAAGUGCUGUCACUAGGUAGCAAAGCGGCUCCGUCAGUGAAUUUAAAUGACUUCAAACCUGUGAUGAACAUCCCCUUGCAGCAUUUGGUUUUGGGUGCAGGAGUUCCAUGGCAAAUGUAUGAAUCGGGAGCUCUUGGGAUGCUGUCCCUGCAGAAAGUGUCCCUUUUCACUAACUUUUGCGGGCGCUUCAGUGUGUUCGACAAUCUCCUCGUGGAUCUGAAUGUGACACGGGCGAGCGCCUUGAGGUUUGUGACCGUGUUUUCGGAUGACUGCAACGUCACCGACGACCCAUUCCAGAUCCUGAAAGCAAUGCCGCAUGUGCGAACCCUCACCAUCGAGAACACCUGGCUAAACAGCUCAUUCAUGGAGAAAUUCUUAAAGAACGUUUGGCUGUCUUCUAUUGAGGAUCUCACCUUUGUCAACAUCACGUACAAUGAAGAUACACCUGAUGGGUUUCAGUUUCAUCCCCUCAAUCACAGCAUUAGUCUUCGCUCUGUAACUUUCGAUACGGUGAUACAUUAUCAAUACAGGUAUCCUACAGUUAACAUAAGCUUUAAGUACGCUUCAAAUCUGAACUAUGUUAGGUUUUCUAGGAGCGGAAUGAACAUUUUACCCUGUAAACUCUUAUCCGUCCUGCCAACAUUGGAGACCCUGGAUGUGUCAGACAACCUCCUGUCGGAUUUGGGCUUCUGGUGGCCUUCGUGUUCCUACACCUCAGUCUUUCCCAAACUGAAGCACCUGUUGUUGAGCAAGAACCGUUUCAGGAGUUUGUCCUUCAUCUCGGGACGGACGCAUGAAAUGAAACAUCUGGAGUCUCUGGAUUUGAGCUUCAAUUCCAUCUAUUUGAAAAAAAGAUGCAAGUGGCCUGCUCACUUGAUUGAGCUCAAUCUCGGGAAUAACAAUCUGGGCAACAGUAUUUUUAAGCACCUGUCACCAAAUUUCCAGCGAAUUUACUUGUCAAAAACAGGAAUAACUGCCAUUACCCAAGAGGACAUGUCUCGGUUUCCCAAACUGACACACCUCAAGCUCAGUGCUAACAGCAUCCAAGUGCUCCCGGAACUACUCGAUGCCCCAAACCUGAUCAGUCUCUAUGUGGACCAGAACGCAAUCACAAGUCUUUCUCGGCAUGUCUUUGGGGGAUUUCCGAAGCUUCAGCUCCUCAAAGCUGGGAACAAUCCCUUCAUAUGCUCCUGCGACCUACACUGGUUCCUCACAGACUUUAACAAGUCUUUGCUCUUGAUCUGGCCCUUGGAUUAUUUAUGCAGCACCCCAAAACAGUUUAAGGGCCUGCCAUUGUCCGAGUAUAAAACCAGUGUGAUCUCAUGCGAAAUAUGGCUCCAAACAACAGUUGGUUUCUCCGUGUUACUAUUAGUAGCAACAACCUUCGGCCUCGUUUUCUACAAACUGGAUGGUGUGUGGUACACAAAGAUGUUAUGGGUGUGGAUUAGGGUGAAGAGGAGAGGAAAGAAACGCUCACACUUGGUGAAGAAUAUGUCAUUUUCAUACCACGCGUUCAUCUCCUACAGUCAUCAGGAUGCCAACUUUGUGAGCAGCGAACUGGUGCCCUCCUUGGAGAACGCCGGGUUUUUCCUGUGUGUUCACGAACGUGAUUUUGUACCCGGUGAUUGGAUCAUAGACAACAUCAUCAACUGCGUGGAGUCCAGCUACAAAACACUCUUCGUCCUCUCGAAACAUUUCGUCCAGAGCGAAUGGUGCAACUACGAGCUCUUCUUUGCUCAGCACAGAGCCAUCGACAUCCAAGAGGACUCUUUGGUGUUCAUCCUGUUGGAACCCAUCCCCACAGAUUGCUUGCCCAAAAAGUACUUGAGACUGAGAAGUUUGCUCCAGCAGCAGACGUACCUCGAGUGGCCGAAGGACGAGCGGAAGCAGCAAGUGUUUUGGGCGAGCCUUAAAUCCAUGCUGCGUAUGGCAGACAAAUCUGUAGUUUUGAGGGAUAUGGCUGUGGAUCUUGCAGAUACAGCAAUCCUACUUAGUAAUCAAAUCAGGUUCAACACGCUGUAUGAUUAAAAUGUGAACGACCACAAUUGAAAUUUUGAGCCGUUAUAACCUGUUGCAUGGGGGCAUCUUAUGGAAAUGGACUUUUCAAUUGCUUGGAUACAAACAGUUGGGUCUCUCGAGGGCCUCCACAGCCUAUUUUGACAAAAGUAGGUCACAGACAGCUGGGAACUGUUAUAAUUUCUAGGAAAUGAAUUCAUAAUACACUUCAUGAUUUCUAAAUGGUUUUCAACCUGGUUUGAAUGAAGCAACUGUAUAUUUGGUGUUCAAAUGACAAUCACAUUCUUGGCUGCUUAAUCAUUCUUAAAUUAAAAUAUUUAAUACAUGUCCUCACUGCAACAGUUUAAGCGUGAAGUUAAGUCAAAAAGUAUCCCACGAGAAUGUUACAAUACAUUCCAGUGUGCUUCAUUUGAGAAAAUCAAAGAAAUAGUGAUGAUUACUGGUGUAAAUCAUAUUCCCCUUUUCGCUCAAGUGUCAACAGUCAAGAAUACUUUAAAAUUAGAAUUUUUUCUACAGCUACGUAACAGCUUCUCUAAUUUUAGCAGAUGCAUGGGAAGGAAAUUGCCGUUGCAUUCAAAUGUAAAAUAGUGUAUAGAGUCACCUGCUGUUUGAUUUGCAGUACUUUUGUUUAAUGUUUGGCUUCCUUGUAACUUUUGCUUCCGAUUAUUCCUUGUAUGUUUUGUUUUUUGUUUUUUGGUCCGGAUUUCUCUUCCUCAACAAAAUGAUCAAACAGUGACAAAAAGAAACUUACCAGUUGUUCAGUAUGUGCAAAAUACUAACGAAAAAAACCAACCUUAGUGCUCUGAUAUCAUGACAUGACAUAAACAUUUCUCUAGUCAUUUUAGUGUGACAAGAUUUGUGCAAGCUGAACUUUGAAAGGCAACUUAAGCGCCAAAGCUAAAAUUGGGUACACGUACCGAUUUUUUUACUCUUGACUUGAUUUUAAAAUGUGCCAGAUCCCUCACAUGACAUAUUGAAAUUGAAAAUAAAAAUAACUACCAGUUA